AUGGCAAAGGGACCAAGGAAUAUGCGUCGUGGUGUUCUCAUGUCGCUUCUGCAAGAAAGUGCAAAAUCCAUUCCAAUGUGGGCCGGCGGAGUCGAUGAACGUCCGCCUCCUCUAUGCGGCGCGAUUGGUGCAGGCAGCAGCAUUGACAGCACUUUGGUCGCCCCUGGUGACCACGUCGCAGCCCUGGUUCCUGAUCUCGAGUCGCCUGGUGCCGAGUUCGCUGACAACGAAAGUUGGAUCCUUGCUGAAGUGAUUUCCUUCAAUCGCGACAAGCGACAAUUCCAGGUUGAAGAUGUAGAUGCAGAAGAAGGCAAAGUGCGCUACACCCUCGAUCGAUCAAAGGUGAUAUUGCUGCCAAAGUGGAAGGCGAACCCCGUGCUCAAUCCGGAGGCGGUUUUCCCCAAGGGAACGUUGGUCCUCGCGCUUUACCCUCAGACAACAUGUUUCUACCGUGCCGUUGUGGAUACUCACCCGACGAACGCACAGGACGAAUACUCGCUGUACUUUGAGGAUCCUAGCUACCCCGAUGGCUACGCGCCGUCAAUACGCAUUCCCCAGCGCUACGUCAUUCUGUGCCCCGAAAACGAUCGCAAGAGCGGUCGGCAGGGGCGCAAACGGGUGCCUGGACAGAAGAAGAAGACCAAUUGA